UUUUUACUUCUGUUUCAACUUCGACAUCCUUCUGAAGCGAUCUUUUUUUUUUGUGCCAACUGUCUUGAUAUUUUCAUCACGCUCUUGCUUGCGAAAUUUAGGUUGUAGGGCUUCCGAUUCGCCCUCCACUCGCCCAGAGCUGCUUCCGUCACCUUGACGCCUUGCGCCUCCUGACGAUGCCCCCUGCGACGAACCCCGAUCGAACAAUCUCUUGCUUGUGAACGGGCGUAUCGCCCGCGGCCAUCCAAGGCCCAGGUGCUACACGGCACAUCUGCCAUGCUGAGGGUCAAAAGCUCUCGUCGUCCCCAGGGACUGAAACCUGGUGACUAUGAUCACGAAAUCGAUCUCGUCGACCACGAUGCCGUUCGGACACCCGCCGAGUCCAUCACCCCCGAGCCCGCUAGCAUGGUGAGGUGCUCGACAACCUCGCGCCUGCUGGCCCUAGAUGACGACGAGGAAGCAGAACAUCGACAGAAUGGAGAAAAUGGGCACCAGCAGAACGGACAAAAUGGACAAAACAAGAAGGACGAUGGUGAACAGCACAGGCAAGACGACUCACAGACUGAAUAUGGCAAUGGUCCUGAAUCAUCUUCUUCUCGAGUUCCCAACAGAGAAGACCUGCCGCACCCCAUGAUGAGGCCAUCGAUUGAGGUCCAAGAGCCCACACCCCAAGCCUUCCAUGGAGAUCAUUCUCAAGUCAUGACCAAGAAACCGCACGUCGAGCGCGAGACUGCGAUAGACAUCUUGUACGAGAAUGAGAGAGGAGGUUUCCUCUGUGGCAUCGCCCUCUUCUCCGGACAGGCCCUUGGUGGCCUCGAUCCGCCUGCCUGGACCAAUGCCUACCACAAGGCAUCGCCGACCAACAUUCAUACUGCUCAAGUUCCAGACCCUACCUGGGAAUGGGCAUGGCCUGAGUGGCGCGUCAACCGCCAGGAGGGCGUCGACGAAGAAGGCUGGGAAUACUCGUUCCAUUUUUCCAAAAAGUUCUCGUGGCACCGCGGCAAAUGGUGGAACUCGUUCGUCCGACGGCGUGCCUGGACACGCAAGCGGGUGAGAAAGAGGCCCGAGGAUGUCUCGACGGAUCCACACAUGCUCAGUGCCGACUACUUUGAGAUACGCCCUGCUUCACACAAAUCUCACCAGUCGCGGGGGAGCGUGGCUAGCAGCCGUCUUAGUCGCUCGAGCAUGAGCCAGAUUUCGGCAGCGGACGAGAAACCACCCGAUAUCGAGCACAUCGAGGACCUUAUGGAAACCCUUCGGCUGGCCAGGAUAGACAGGGAGAAGCUCGACGCCGUUGACAGUUACCUGGAGCAUGGGACAGACCUCGCCAAAUUGCAGGACGAAAUGCACGAGAUCAUGUCAUUGUUUGUUUUCCAGGCAUCACGGCGCAUUCUGCUCAGCCGCCUAAUGCAGGUUCACGACGAAACGACAGCACAGGUCAAGAAGACAAACACGACAGAGCUGCGGGAGCGAAACCAGGCGCUCAAGGAUGCUGUGCACCACGCGGACGAAGAGGUGCGAAAGCUGGCUUAUUGGAGCGACGUCAAGCAAAUGGCCGAAAGCGGCGAGGCCAAGGAUGCCGUAAAAGGCGACAAGGGAUGGGAUGAGAGCUGGGAGGGUGUGGACCAGAGCGGAGCAUCCCAUCCGUCGACGACGACACAGCCAGGGUCGAAAGGCCAGGAUGCCUCUUCGGAGACGGCUCUUGCGACAUUGCGCGACAAUCCAAAUGCGAGCCUUGAAGCGACCGAACUUCACGACGAAGCGACACCGGAGUAUAUGGCUGCAAGUCUGGUGAUGGACGACUCUCCAGAGUCUCGGAACAAACUCUUCAAGGAUGCUUUCAGGAUCGAUGCAGUUCGGGCGGCUGAGGACAAGGAAGCAUUAAAAGCUCACAAACCCGUCAUCGGAAAACCGCUCCAGUACCCCAAUUCGGCGGCGACAAAGGCGAGCAUCGAGGAGCACAUGCGAGAUGCGCGACGGCAGCUCGGACUUGGGGUCGUCUGGGAUCACUUCAACAAGAAGGUACCGGAAUGGACCGAGUGCUUCAGAUUGAUGAAGCGCAUGACGCCGCAGUGGAGCGAGAGAGCCAACAUGUCGGCCGUGAGGAUCGUCCUGCCCAAGUCGUGGGAUAUCGAAGUCAACAACCAGAAUCUCGAGUACGUCGACUCUGCGACGGGUGUGCUUCAGAAGUUGCGAGCUGCGGUGGACAAGAACCCGUCGGCCAUCGUGCUGCGUGGACAGAGCAAGAUCCUGGUCAAGGUGGCUGAUGAGAUCGUGCGGUACUGCAAGGAGGCCGAGAUUUAUGAACUGGGAGAAGUGGCAACCUCUGACUACAGGACGAGACAACUAUGGCCGACUAUUGAGAACGCACCUAACGGCGGUGCUUCGUUACCGGAUGAUCACCACGACAACAUCUGGGUGCACAAGGAAUACCAGCCGCAUCUGAUAACGGUACCUUAUGAGAAGAUCCCGCGACCCGAGGUGUGGACGAGGGACAACUUUGAGCAUUACGUUGCGAGUCUGGUCUACGGCAGGUUACCCUCGCACCUGGCGAUUCCUUUCUACGGCCAGCGCCGCAUCAACGGGAGAAACAUUGACACGGACGGUAUCCGCAUUAAGCUGAUCGUCGACGCUUUUGAAGACCCUGCAGCCCGGCCGUUUAUCACAGUUCCAGUCCUCAGGAUGACCGUCUCUAUGAUGACUUUCAGGGGUGGACAUCGCGCCUCGGCAAACCGUCUAGUGCAACUAGCGGAAGAAUGGGGUAUUCCUAUGGAUACUGACAUCUACAACAUCAUGCUCGAGGGAUACGCUCACAAGCGUGACAUUGGCUUCUUCUAUGGGUUCCUCCGCAAGAUGCAGGCCCGAUACUUCCACCCCAACAUCCGCACUUGGCUCCUCUUCCUUCAGCUCAUCAGGGGAGAGGAUGAGAGGAGGCAGGUGAUUGUGGCCAUGUAUGAACUGGGCAUGUUUAACCACGCUGCCACGCGGCGAGGCAUUGCUGAUGUCAUGGCGUCUCUCGACUCAUACGCCGCCUUCAAAGCUGGCAGGACUCUCAAGGGCUUCCUUUCCGACCAGAAGGAGCGGUAUGGUGCAGACUGGCUGGCCACAGACGGCCUCAACGGCAUCAUCACGGAGCUUCUUCGCUUCCACCGAACAGAGGACCCUCGAGUAGGAGACUGCAAGAAGCUUGUCAAGAUUCACACAGAUGCAGGCCGCCGCAUCGACCUCAAGACCAUCAAUAUCUUCCUCAGGCACUCGGCGCUCACCCGGGACUGGGAUACGGCACUCUGGGCCAUGUCGCUUUUCAAGGAAGCCGGCUGCGAGCCAGAUCAAGAGACAUACACGGCGCUCAUGUCUCUCUCUGUGCGAACACGCUCGCCGCAUGCCCUAGGCACCGUAUACUUCUAUGGCGUGCUACACCGCAAGCUCAAGAAGCAAUCGCGCCAGAUGCUUAGCAAGGUGCUUCUCGGUACGCACCACGACACUUUCUGGAGGACCUGGGAGCAUCAACCGGGCAUCUUUCCCAAGGAUGCCAUCCCAGACCUUGAGCUCAACAAGAUCCCCCGCUUCUUCGCCGUAAUGUCGCGUGUAGAGCGUACCAUCCUUGAUCGCUGGGCAGGUUACGUCCCUAUCAAACCCCUAGAGCGUUCGCUCGAGCUCGCCUACCGUUCAAACGACCAGCCCAUGCACCAUCAGAUACGUGCCGGCAAGCGUAUCAAGGUGCAAGACCUCGUCGUCAAGCUUCGACGGGUCGACGGCCAGGAGGGUAACAUCAACGUGAGGCUUUUGGGCCGCUUCGAUCCCUUCCGCAUGAUCGAGAACUGGGCCGAACCAGAACCCCGGCAGGAUCAGGAGUCUAGCUGGGUUGAUCCAGAUGGAUCAGAGAUGGAGCAAAAGCCCAAGAAGGAGUCUGAGUCAACGAGUCAUGAGGCUCAGAGUUUACCACCACCCGAGAGCCAGGCUGAUGAGCCGUCUUCUGAUACACCUCCAUCUGCUGGUACACCCGCCAGCUAA